GGGGCGGCGGCGGGGCCUCAAGAUGAAGGCGAUGGCGGAGCUGGGGCCGGGCCUGGGCAGCCCCGGGUCGGGGCCUCCGGGCUCGGUGUCUCUGGCGGUGAGCAGCAGCCUCAGCGCCUUCUCCUCGCUGCGGCGUUACGGCACCGAACUGAGCAUCGGCGAGCUCAAGGACCCCGUGUGUCCCCACAGCAAAAGCUGGAGCUGGUGGUGGGGGUUGCGGCCCCGUGGAUGGAGCUGGAGCUGCGUGCUGCUGGCGGGGAGCUGCUGGCCCGCCUGGAGCCCGACGAUGCUCUGCUGGGAGCCUUCCCCGUCAGCGACGGCUGCGGGCUGCACGUGAUCGACCGCAGCGGUGGGCGCAUGGGGCAGUUUGAGGACGUGUCCCAGGUCCCCAAAUAUGAGAUGGCCGACAGUGACUAUGACAAACGCACAGACUCGGUCCGUUCGUUCCUCCGCCGCCGCCGUUGGGGCCGUUUCGACGCGGAGGCGGAGCGGCAGCGGGAGGCGGAGGAGGAGCGGCGGAGGGCGGAAGAGGCGGAGCUGACGGCCGCCAUGAGCCCCGGCUGCCGCUGCGUCGUCAGCAUCCCCGGGCAGCCCCGGCACCGCGGCACCAUCGCCUACGUGGGACUGACCGACUUCAAACCCGGCCAUUGGGUGGGGGUCCGCUACGAUGAGCCCGUGGGCAAACAUGACGGCAGCGUCGGCGGCCGCCGUUACUUCGAGUGCCCGCAGCGCUAUGGGGCCUUCGUGCGGCCGCAGCGCGUCACUGUGGGGGACUUCCCGCCCGAAGACGAUGGGUUGGAUGAGCUCUGAGGGGCGGAUUUUGGGGUCAAAACACCCCGAUUUUGGACCAGCGCCGCCUCCUUCCACUCCUUCCAUCCCCGUCGGCCGCCAUUUUCAUUUGCCCCCCCCAAAAUACCCCCCGGAAUUCAGCACUUUUUUGAUUGUGGGUGCCGGGAUGGCAGACAGCCCCAAAACCCCAACCCCAAAACGACCCCAAAACCCUCAUUUCUCACCCCAAAAUGGAGCCGGUCGGCCCCAAAAAGUGCCAUUUUCACCCCACUUUGAGGCAGUGCCCCCCCCAAACCACCCAUCCCAUUUCUGGACUGGAAUUGGGGCCCAAAUCCUCCGUUCCCCCCCCAACAAAAGGGGCGCCCCCAAAAAUCCCAUUUCCCACUGCGGCCGCAGCCCCAAAAUCGCCACUUUGUGCCCCAUUUUCUGCAGCCACAAAUCCCCUUUUCCUUCAUUUCCUUCCAUUUUCCCCCCAUUUUUUCCCUUUUCUCCCCAUUUCUCCCUUUGUUGCCCCCACUUUCCCUCUUUUCCUUUUUUUUCCCCUUUUUCUUUCAUGGAUUUUUCCCUUUUUCACCCCAUUUUUCUGUGCCGAUUCCCACCCCUCAACCGGAUUCCCCCACCCGCUGUCCCCGCCCACCGGAGGGCGGAGCCUCAACUCGCCCCGCCCCUUUCUUCCUCACCCAAUCAGCGGCAAACACUUUCGGCCAAUCAGCGCGUAGGCCGGCGGAAGCGAAAGUGACGCUGCGCAACAGCGGCGCCGCAGCGUAGCGGUGAGUGCGGCCUAGGCCGCUCCGCACCCCUCACGCCAAUUACGCUUUAAUUAACGUAAUUAACGCCGCUCCCUCCCCGCACAGCGUCGUUCCCAAUGGCCGGGAGCGACCUCCGCCGGGAGGCGCUGGCGCUGUACCGCGCAAUGCUCCGCGCUGCCGCCGCCCGUCCGGGGUUCGCUGCGCGGAUCCGCUCCGAAUUCCGCCGCUGCGCUGCGGUUCCGCCCCGGGAUCGGCUCCGCGCGGAGCUCCUCCUGCGCCGCGGCCGCCGGCAGCUGCAGACGCUGCGGGCGCCGAGCACCGUCCGCAUGGGCGCCUUCGGGCCCGGAUCCGCUUCUGAGGCCACUUCCGGAUCCGGGUCUGGAGGCACUUCCGGGUGCGGGGUGUAUUCCGGAUCCGGGCGCUCUUCCGGUUCCGGGUCACCACCCCAAUAAAGCUCUGUUUCCGCCACA